AUGGACAUCUUCCGCACCCUCUCGACCGGAGGCGCACGCUUCGACCGCAGCCGCUUCAGCAACGACGUCCGCCUCUUUAACCCAGCAUCCAACCCGGCAGACCCAUCCUCGUCCGGGGGCUCCUCGCACAGGUCUGCGAAGAAGGCAAAGACCUCAGCAUCGUCCUCCAACCCAACCCAAGUCGUCGUACCGGACUCGCUCGACUUUUUCGGUAGCGCGGCAAAAAGCCAGUCGACUACAUCGGCGCAGCAGAAGCGCAACGCGGCCAGCAGCGACAACGAUGAUGGCAGCGAUGACGACAGCGACGCCUCCGACAUCUCCGACGACCGCGGCGACGACGAGGGUAGGCCACGCAGCAGCAAGCGGAGAAAGGCAGGAAGCCGCGACGACGACGACGACGACGACGAGGCGCCCCUGACGAAAGCGACGCUGCCCGCCUACCUGAAGCGCUACAAGAUCAAGCUCACCGGCACCGACGUCCCGCUACCCUUGGCAUCGUGGCGCGAGCUCGAAGGCCGCUUCUCGGUCGAGCCAUGGCUGCGCACCAACCUGCAAAAGUGGGGCUGGUCCAGGCCCACCGCUAUCCAGCGGGGCGCCAUGGCCGUCAUGCUCGAGGACCGCGACCUGCUGGCGGGCGCUCCGACGGGCUCCGGCAAGACGCUCGCCUUCCUGCUGCCCCUCCUCCACCACCUCCGCGCCCCCGCAAAGGACGGCUUCCGUGCCGUCAUUGUCUCGCCCACCCGCGAGCUGGCGCAGCAGAUCUACGAGCAGCUCCGCCGCCUCUCCGAGGGGCGCAACUUCAAGUUCUGCGUCCUGACAAAGGCCACCGAGGCCACAAUCAAGCAGGACCCCAAGCUGCGGAAGAAGUUUGACGUCCUCAUCACGACGCCCAUGCGGCUGGUGCACGCCAUCGAGCAGGAGGAGGUCGACCUGUCCAAUGUGCGCCACCUCGUGCUCGAUGAGGCCGACCGCCUGCUCGAGCAGGGCUUCCUCGAGCAGACCGACGCCAUCCUUGCAGCGUGCUCCCACCCGCGCCUGCGCAAGGCGCUCUUCUCGGCCACGCUGCCCGCCGGCGUCGAGGAGAUGGCCAAAACGUUCAUGGUCGACGAGUGCCGCGUCAUUGUGGGCCAAAAGGACGGCGCCACCGAGACCAUCUCGCAGGAGCUCGUCUUUGUCGGUUCCGAGGAGGGCAAGCUGCACGCGAUGCGCUCGCUGAUCCAGGAGGGCGGUAUGAAGCCGCCGGUGCUCCUCUUUGUCCAGUCAAUCCAGCGCGCAAAGGAGCUCUUCCACGAGCUCGUCUACGACGGCCUCCACGUCGACGUCAUUCACUCGGAGCGGCCCCAGGCGCAGCGCGAAGGCGUUAUCCGCGCCUUCAAGCGGGGCGACGUGUGGGUGCUCAUCUGUACCGAGCUCAUGGCGCGCGGCAUCGACUUCAAGGGCGUCCAGCUCGUCAUCAACUACGAUUUCCCGCAGACGGUCCAGAGCUACAUCCACCGGAUCGGCAGGACGGGCCGUGCAGGCAGAAAGGGCCGCGCCAUCACCUACUUUACCAAGGACGACGCGCCGUAUCUCAAGACCGUGGUCAACGUGAUGCGCCAGUCUGGGUGCGAGGUGCCGCAGUGGCUGGUGGAGCUGCCCAACCCCAACAAGUCGAUCAAGAAAAAGAUCAAGCAAAAGGCGCCGCAGCGCAAGGACGUGCGCGCCGCCGCGGGCACGAGCCAGCAGGGCCGACGGCUGGCCAAGAACCGAAAGGAGAUGAUCGAGGCGAGCAAGAAGCGGAAGCUCAAGGCGCAAAAGCAGCAGCAGCAGCAGUCGUCGUCGGCGGCGGCGGCAGCGGCCAAGGAGGGCAAAGGCGGUGCUGCGGCUGCACAAGAGGCGGCAUGA